GAAACUAUGGGCUGAUUUCGUUAUAACGCAACAACUGGGAAUAUGUAUAUUAACGCCACCACCUGUCACACCAAAGGGACAUUUAAAGGACGGUACAGACACAAAACGUCAGUACAUUCCUUAGUUUGACACUCACAAAGUCCCUUUGACAUGGAUUACUCAAUGAUGAGAGAAUAUGACAUACAUUUUUGCCCCUGCAGCAUGUAUGCGUUUACUUCUAGGACAUCAUGCCAACCCUGUCUAACUCAACCUAAAUACGCCCCUUUGCACGUACUGUAUCCAAACCGUCCAAUCACUGUACAUGUCUCAUCAACUCUGUUUUACAUUACUGCCCUAUCCCAGUUUGGAGGAGAGGUAGCCAUUGUCUCUCAGACUGGCCCAAUCCAGCAAUGGCAUUAGUCCCUGUGAAGUGGGUUUAUAAGCCCUCUGCCUCGCUCGUGCUACAUACAGACAGGUUUUACAGCAAGUGAAGAAGACCAGGGCUGCAGGACACUGGUAUCUCUGUGAGGCAUGCCCAGCCUCUCCUUCCACCAUCAGCACUUCUUCCCCACAAUGUUCAACACCACUCUGACCCCCACCACCAACUUCCAUGAAAACUCUAGCACCCCUGGUGGCCCCAGUGGACCUCCACCAUGGUACCAGUUCCCAGUGUGUGCCGCUUCCCCUUACGGCUUCAUUUUCUAUUUUGGGGUCAAGGUGUUCAACCUGGCAGUGGGGGCGCCCUGUAACAUCCUGGUCAUCUGGCAGAUCGCCACCAGGAAAAGUGACGCGUCCACCUCGGACAUCUUUAUCUUCAACCUGGCCAUCGUGGACGCCUACUUCUGCGUAAUGACGCCCGUAGAUAUGGUCAACCGGCUGCUGCUAGAUGACAGUCGCAUUUGGUACUUUCAGAGGUUUGCAUAUGGGAUCAAGGACGUAGCCCCACUCUUUCUGGUGUGUAUUUGUCUGGACCGCUACAUGGCUGUGGUCCACCCAGUACUCUUCACUGGUAUUCGAGACAAUAAGAUGCGCAUUGGCAUCUCUGUGGUGGUCUGGGGCUUCAUUCUGGCUUACGGCCUCACCAAGUGCAUCCUGGGAGUCAUGAGCGUCAACGAGGUCUUCAGCGGUGUCAUCCUCUUUGCCUUUGCAGUCAUGCUCUUCUGCAACAUCUCCGUCAUCUGGGUCCUCAGACGUUGCGUGGCAGGAAAAGAGAUUAUGCACCCGGUAAAGAAGAAGGCCUUUAAGAUGGUGCUGAUCAUCCUGGCCAUCAUCGUGUCCAACUACCUGCCAUCCGUAGCGCUCAUGCCCUUCGUGUCCUACUACACCUUUGUGGCGUUUCGCUGCCAGAUCAGCGUCAGCGUGUUCUCCAUAAUGGAUCUGAGCAGCAGCAUUGAGCCUCUCCUCUACAUCACCAAGAUGGAGCGUGUGGACGGCAGGUGCUGUGGAGGGAGUUUCUCUAAGAAGCCACACGAUGUCAAGGUGUGAUCAAGCUUCCACUAAACAUAAAAACACAGUCUUGGAAAUGUUUAAUUGUUUUAAUUUACUUUUCUUUUUUUUUAAUGUUUUUAUCAGAAAUUACUUUCUCAACCUCUGCUGUAUAACAAUCACAAAAACUAAAAGCUAAUUCUAUGACAGUACCACAGUAGCAGCUCCCCUUCUUCUUUCACAAACCGGUCAAAUAGCCCCAGUUUGCCUCUCAACAUACAUGUCAGUCUGCCCAUUGACAUACACUGUGCAAUAUUCUGGAUCCAAGCACAAAAUUUUAGGUGCCUCCUGGAAAUGGAUAUGCUGUAGCA